AUGCAGCGCGAAAAAUUUUUGGAAGCAAUGAAGUCUAAUUUAAAUCCAUUCAGCACACAACUGGAUAAAGACUGUUUAUAUAACAUCAAAACAGGAAAAGCGGCACCAGACAACGUAACAAACUUUUUACUCAACAUAUUAAAAGACGGAAAAGAGCUACGUGAAAAUUUUAUAGCUGAGUGUUCCGAAAAGACCGAUCGUUUUGACAAACCAAUUAAAAAACGGAAGAUUUUCAAUUUUGCAUCCAUUGCUACAAAAAAGAAAGUGAAAGUUGGUAAUAAGGUACAAGAAGUAAGAAUGCAACGAGACACUUUUGGCCGUUUAUUAGCGCUCGCAAUGAAUCCUGAUUAUGAAGUUGAUUUGGCUAAAGCUCUCUCAUAUCCUUUGACACCACUCCCGAUGUCACUUUGCCACUUCGAUGGCACCAUAUGCAAGACUAAUAAAUCAUCAUUGAUGAACUUGCUGGAAGCAGAAGUAGAAAGUGAAGGACCGCCGUAUGUCGAUGUCGUUUUAUUAGACGGUUUUUUUAUUCUGCACAUGAUGAAAGAUGUACCUAAAUUAUUUGGAAACAUUGCCAAGAAAAUAAUGCAGAUCAUAACAAAAUACAAAGGUCAUCGAAUCGACGUGCUUUUCGAUCGAUAUUCUCACCCGUCCAUUAAAGAUUAUGAACACGACUUACGCCAAGCACAUUCAAAUACUUAUGCAAUCACAGGACCAGAACAAGCUCGGCCUAAUGAUUUUAUGAAGGAGUUGCAGAAUGCCAAUUUCAAGGAAGCCCUAGUUUAUUGGGCAAUAUGA